AUGGAGGCACUGAAGAUAUCAGGAAUUUGCCCUGCACCUGUUGCUUCGCCAUUUGGAGAGGUCACAUUUUCUGAAACAUCGAGCUUUUCAUCAUCGAGGUUUUCCAGUAGGGACAGCCGCGGCCUUACGCUGUAUUAUAGGCAGGCACUUAGCAGGCCCUUUCCUUCGCCACCUGCACUCGUGGCGCUUUUCGACCACUUUUGGGAAAAUGCACUAACGAUAGAGAACAUGCCCCUGAACUGCCUCCCAUUAGCUCCUCCCGCAAACGGCAGAGUAAUAGUUUUGAAAGAAGCGUUACAAAUUACAUACAUUCAAUCUGGAAAGCUCGACAACUUUGAAGUAGGAGCAACAGCUUUGCUCUACUGCCUCGAGUCAUUCGUCGUCACAGGGCAGGCAACAGCUGCUUGUGCCAAAGAUGGUUGGCAGCCUUCUAGUUGCUUAGGAAAAUGUGACACAAUUCUUCAAAACAUCUAA